AUACAGAUAUGAGAGUUGUGUAAUGAUAGUGAGCCUAGCUGUCCAGCCUGUCCAACCCCCUCACUUCACAAACACAUGAAGGAACAGGCAAAUGUGUAAACUGCGAUGUUGAGGAACGUUUUCUUUUUCUGGUGUUGAUUCUGAGAGAACUUGAAGCAGUGAUGAUGUCUCAAGAAAUUGUCUACUCCAACGAAACAAUCACUCUGCACCAGAACCAAGACAAAGAGGAAGGAAUUGUCUACAGGGUCCUACAGUCACAAGACAUGCUGGGGUUGUCUACAGGGUCCCAAAGUCACCAGACAGUCCAAAUGUUUAUACGGCAAAAUACCAACAAAGAAAGUGACCUUGGGCCUCCCCAAGUGGGGUCUAAAGGAGGGUCUCAGAGAGUUACCAUGGUGACACUGGCAUGUCUCUGGAUUCUACUGUUUUGCCUGGCUACUGCUUGGGUAGUGCUCUUUGUUUCCAAUGAGGUGAAAGAUAAUAUAUCAGACCAAAGAGAGGUGUUAUCCUCAGAACUCCAAUUCUGUGAGAAGAACCUUACUGUAGUCAACAACCACCUGACAACUCUCCGAGCGAAACGAUGUGCCUCUGGCUGGGAGUUCUACAAUGGAUCAUGCUACCACUUCUCUGAAGACAAACUGACCUGGGAACAGAGUCAAUAUGCCUGUAUCCGUGAUGGAGGACACCUGGUCAUCAUAGAGAGUCAGCAGGAGCAGGACUUUAUUAGAAUGAAGGUGGGAAACACUGAAGUUACAAACAGCUACUGGAUUGGAAUGACAGACAUUAAGGUGGAGGGAGUUUGGGUCUGGAUGGACAAUACACCCCUUAAUAACAGCAUCAAGUACUGGGACCAAAACAAUGGAACAGGUGUCAGUGACUUUCCAGAACCAAAUGACUGGGAGUCAAAUGAAGACUGUGCCCAAAUGGGUCAGCGCUGUUCUGGUCAAAUCAGUUGUUGGAUUGACACUCCAUGUAAUGUUCCAUCUAAGAGAAUCUGUGAGAGUCAUUCAAAUGGAGAAUAUUUUACAUUAUAACCAGCAAAAGGCAAUUAAUCAUUGGGCAAUAUAUAGCCUAGCGCCAGUGUUUCUGCUUUUGGAUAUUGUACUUUCUCACCAUAACCAGAUGGUUGUUGUAUUGUACUGAAAUUGAAGGACUUUUUAUAUUUACAAAAUAUUUCUAAAUAUGUUUUAUGUUCCUUUUUAGUGUUUUCUGAUCUUGAUUAUAGAACAUUAAUUAUGCUUUUUGAUAUAUUGAGUUGAUUGAUUUCCUCUGCCUAAUUAUUGCAUUUGAUUGUUUCCUUUGUUGCCAAUUAAUCAUUGGGCAAUAUAUAGCAUAAGACCAGUGUUUACAAUUUACAAUAAAAAAUGUUAUUACUAUUGACUGCAGUGUAUUGAAAAAGAUAAAGAUUUUAUAUAUU